UUUUCUUGGUAGGUUUCCUAAAAAACAGAAAAAUGGAGAGAUCAGCAAACCAAAUGCAUCCACUAAAUGAGAAGCAGAUAGCCAAUUCUGAAGAUGGAUAUGUAUGGCAAGUGACUGACAUGAUUCGAUUACACCGAUUCUUAUGCUUUGGUUCUGAAGGUGGAACUUAUUAUAUCAAAGAACAGAAGUUGGGCCUUGAAAAUGCUGAAUCUCUAAUUAGAUUAAUUGAAGAUGGCAGAGGAUGUGAAGUAAUACAGGAAAUAAAGUUGUUUAGUCGAGAAGGCAGAACCGCAAAGCAAGAGCCUAUGCUCUUUGCACUUGCCAUUUGUUCCCAGUGUUCUGACAUAAGCACCAAACAAGCAGCAUUUAAAGCUGUUUCUGAAGUUUGCCGUAUUCCUACACAUCUCUUUACUUUCAUCCAGUUUAAGAAAGAUCUGAAGGAAAGCAUGAAAUGUGGUAUGUGGGGUCGUGCGCUCCGGAAGGCUGUAGCAGACUGGUACAAUGAAAAGGGUGGCAUGGCCCUUGCUCUGGCGGUUACAAAAUAUAAACAAAGAAAUGGCUGGUCCCACAAAGAUCUGUUAAGAUUGUCGCAUCUUAAACCUUCUAGCGAAGGACUUGCUAUUGUGACCAAAUACAUUACAAAGGGCUGGAAAGAGGUCCAUGAAUUGUAUAAGGAAAAAGCACUUUCUGUGGAGACUGAAAAAUUAUUAAAUUAUCUGGAAGCUGUAGAGAAAGUCAAGCGAACAAAAGAUGAACUGGAAGUCAUUCAUCUAAUAGAAGAGCACAGAUUAGUUAGAGAACAUCUUCUAACAAACCACUUAAAGUCUAAAGAGGUAUGGAAGGCUUUGUUACAAGAAAUGCCACUUACUGCAUUACUAAGAAAUCUAGGAAAGAUGACUGCUAAUUCAGUGCUUGAACCAGGAAAUUCAGAAGUAUCUUUAGUAUGUGAAAAACUGUGUAAUGAAAAACUGAUAAGAAAGGCUCGUAUACAUCCAUUUCAUGUUUUACUUGCACUAGAAACUUAUAAAACAGGGCAUGGGCUUAGAGGAAAACUGAAGUGGCGCCCUGAUAAUGAAAUUUUGAAAGCAUUAGAUGACGCUUUUUACAAGACUUUUAAGAUAGUCGAGCCAACGGGAAAGCGUUUCUUGCUGGCUGUGGAUGUCAGUGCUUCUAUGAACCAAAGAGUUUUGGGUAGUAUACUCAAUGCUAGUGCAGUUGCUGCAGCAAUGUGCAUGGUUGUCACACGGACAGAAAAAGAUUCUUAUGUAGUUGCUUUUUCAGAUGAAAUGGUGCCAUGUCAAGUUACUGCAGAUAUGACCUUACAAGAAGUUUUAAUGGCUAUGAAUCAGAUCCCAGCAGGUGGAACUGAUUGCGCUCUGCCAAUGAUCUGGGCUCAGAAGACAAACACAGCUGCUGAUGUCUUCAUUGUAUUCACUGAUAAUGAGACCUUUGCUGGAAGUGUCCAUCCUGUUGUUGCUCUAAGAGAGUAUCGGAAGAAAAUGGGUAUUCCAGCCAAAUUGAUUGUUUGCGGAAUGACAUCAAAUGGUUUUACCAUUGCAGACCCAGAUGAUCGAGGCAUGUUGGAUAUGUGUGGCUUUGAUACUGGAGCUCUGGAUGUAAUUCGGAAUUUCACAUUAGAUGUGAUUUAACCAUAAGUACCAGCAUGAUCUAAAAGGUCCAUUGCCAUCUCUUCCUAAGAAUACACAGCUACUUCCCAGCUAAUCUUAAUCCAGCAAAAGGUGAUACAGUAUGUGAUGGAAAGUUAACUUUACCAAAAGAAAAAAAGGAAGAAGAAAAAAAAAAUAAGAUGAGCCCAAAGUUCUUUCUGUCUACUAAACAUUCUUUUGCGAAAUAGCAUCAGAAUACAUGUUAGCGUCCUCUGACUGAGAAAGACGACUUGUUACUGGUUGAUACUGUACAAUAGUAGAGCAGUAGAAUAGUUAUUAUUUCUUUGGAGAAUAACAGCAUUUGUACUUAAAGGAGGUGAGAGCCGAAAGAAUAAGUAGUUCCAUAUCAUGACACUUUAACACCUUAUUUGAGAAGUUUUCUUACAUGUUUUCACUGGGAAAGGACAACUUUGAUAAUUUCCAAAUACUCUGAAAUGCACUAGACCAUGUAACUGUGAUGGAAUAUGAAAAUCAUCUGUAAACUUUUAUACUGAAGAGGGGAAAAUGCUAAGACAUUUGAUUAAAUUAUGAAUGAGUUUUUACCAAUUCUUUUCAGUGUCAUCUAAGAUCCCAUAAAUAACUUUCUUUUUCAAUUAAAGGGGUAUUUUAUUUCUGAUG